AUGUCUGAAGACAAUAAAUCACAAUCUCCACAUUCACCUUCACAGAUCAGGUUUAAAGUUACCAAAACUUAUAAUCCUAGAGUUCAAGUUCAACGAAUAGCAAAUCUAUUAAAAGAAACCAACGUUACCUUAUUCCUUGAACCGUCAACUCCUGGAACCGAACGUUUAAACAUCAUUAAUGAGACUGGAAUGGCUAUGAGUGGUUCAAGUACGAGUGAAUAUGCUGUUCUUAAUGACAGAUUUAACAAUAAUGUUAAUAAACAUAGACGUGCCCCAAGACAACUUUGGUCGGACGAAGAAGUAGAACGAUUGAAGGCUGCUCAUGAUAAAUAUAGUGGCCGUUCACAAACUCGUCCACCACCUAUUAUUAAUGCUUCAAAUAGAACACAAAAAAGGACCGGAACUGCAAAUUUAAAAGUGGACCAAACUCGCAAAUUAAUUACUCAAAUAUUAUUGAAAUUAAAAAAAAGAAAAAAACCUCCUUCACCUUUUCAAAAUUCGGCAGCUUACGUUGAAGAUGGUUUUUCAGAAGAUUAUUAUGCUGACCAUAAUUAUAAUGACGACGAUGGUAACGAUAUUAACAACAACAAUGAGGCUUUUAACACUGAUGACACUUAUGACUUGUUAAACCAACUUAGAGACGUUUUAAUCGUUUGUGAAAUGCAUGGAAUAAAUUUUGCAACUCCACCAGAAUCUCCUUUUUCCUCAAGAGAUCCUUCUCCAAAUCGUGGUCGUUCACCUUCACCAUCAAGAUAUAUACAGGAUAUUCCGUUUAUUAAAAAGGGUUCCACUAUUCUAAAUUCCAUUUUGGAGGUUCUGUAUGACAUAGUUCAUAAUGAUUGUCGUUACAAAAUCACUUCUCCUAGACCAACAAGACCGCCUAAUGCCUUACAAGCUAUUACUUUAGAUGUAGCUCAUCUUUUAGUUAAUCAAAAUCCUUAUUCUCCUGUUUGGCUUUACGAAUUGGGAAUGACUAUGUUACCUGGUUUUAAUUACUUUGGUGAUGUUUUACGUUCAAAAUUAUUGAUUUUUUAUAUCGAUUUUUUACUUGAACACUUGGUUGCUUGUCAAUAUGAUUUUAUAAUUGAAAAUUCAACUGAUGAAAAAUUAAAUCAUUUCGAUGGGAGACUUUUGAAUGAGAAUGAAAAUACUUCACAUAUAAAUAUUACUAUAAAUUCUGACGAUACAAUAACUACGUCAAAUAUUCAAUAUUUGGAUGUUAAAAAAUCACCAAGGAUAGAGUCUAAUAAUAACAACAACAGUAAUAAAAGGGAUUCUCUAAAUCGAUCAUCAAAAAGACUUUCUGUUUCUUACACUGGCGAUCUUGACAUAGAUUCAUAUUAUAUUGAUUCAAUGUUCACACCCCUUUUGUAUUCUAUGAUUCAAUUUAUCAGUGUCGAGAAUUCUUCAUUGGAAACUUUGUAUCAGAUGCAUCGAACACUAGACGUUAUGAUUCGACACAAACCGGAUCUUUAUCAUGACAUUAUAGAAAUAAUUGCGCACGGUGACACACCAAGUCGUAAUCAAGCAAUUAAUAUUUUAUUUCAUUAUUGGGGAAAUAGCACAGGUCAUCCUGCUAUAGGAAAAGCCUUACCGAGCGUUGGCUAUUUGGAUGACUUGAUGGCAAAAGAAAAUCCGCAAACUUCUCAAUCACCACCCACAAAUAAUAGAAAUUCUUCAAAUGUGAUCAAAGACGUUCAUCUUCAUCAAUUUUUACCUUAUAUUUAUCAUGAUGAAUGUACAAAAUCAAAUAAUGCUCAACCUGAUAAACAUGCUUCUCUCACAAUAACCAGACAUGCUAAAAUCGUAGACAUGCACGGACAAUUCAUCCCUACUGAUCAUCCAAAUGCUUGCGUUCAAUGUUUUAAGCCUGUUUCAAAAUUUGGUUUAAGAUGUAGUGGCUGCAAAUUAAAUGUUCACUUUACUUGUUAUAACCUGGUUGAUGGUGGCUUUCUCACUGAAUAUUUAUUAGAUUCAGGAAUUCAUAAAUUAUUUACUCCAAGGUUUUGUGACAUAUCUCAUAAUCCAAAGGAAUUUCUUUCUGACAUUCGCGUAAAAUCAAAUAAUUCAAAAGCAAUAAUAAUUUCGGAAAAUCUUGCUGGUCAUAAAUUUCAUCUUGUAAACCUUUUUACCUUGGUUUUGUGUAUGAUUUGUAAACAACCACUUUGGGGAAUCAUGCAUCAAGGUUAUAGGUGUGAACCGUGUAAUAGAUUCACUCAUAAAUCUUGCUUAAAGUCUGAAAAAAUGAUUUCUCAAUUUCAAUGUCAUCCAACUGCAAUGUCUGAAAGUGAUGCGUUAAUUGAUUAUAAUCUUCUUAGAACUAGUUUUGUAAAUCAUUUUAAAGAUAUUUUGAUAUCGGAUGAUGCGGCUGCUACUUUUAGUUUUGAAGAAAUUUCUGUGAUUCUAACUAUUUUACAAAUGCAAGAUGAUAUUCUCCGUAAUGGAAUAAUGGCUGGUUGUUUACUUAUAAAACAAGAAUCUCAUAAUCCUCUUUCACCCAGAGACGAACAAUUUGAACAAUUUGAAUUACAAGAUAAUAUAAAAAGACAUCAAAAAUAUUUUGAAAAAAGGGAAUUAUCUUUGUCAAAAAUAUCAAAAGAAUAUUGGAGCGGAAUGGGAAGAGAACCACACAUGUGGUUGUUAUCAUGUGAAGAAUAUCUUGCUCAUUUGGCUUCAAUAAUGAAAACUUCUGUUGAUUCCGAGAUUAUAUUUGCCUCCACUAAUGAUAAACGUUCAAGUACCAAAACAGCAAAUACAUUAUCGUCAUUACUGCCAACAACAACAAUGAACUCAUAUUCACAAGAUGAUAACUAUGGUUCAAACGAGAUCAUCACUACUGAUGAAUUGGUACAAUGGAUUCAAAAGAAAUUGAAUUUUCAUAAAAAAUUUUCCGCAAAAAUUUUAUUACAACAAAUGGCUAAUUUUGGUUUUAUCGAAAGAAUUGAUGGUCACCCAAUUUUGUUUCAUAACGCUGUUGACGGGAAAAUUGAAUACGAUUGUUUGUUCCCCUUAACUUUUGCCACAGAAUGCUCUCCAACGGUAGAGACUUUAAUCACCGCAAUCUAUGGAUGUUUAUCAGACAUUAAUAUAUCAAUAAAUGAAUGUGGAUUUUUAAUUAUGACCCGUCGUUGCUUUCCUGAUCCAUUUUUGUCUAGAUAUACACUGGAACGUUUAAUUUUUGCUGUAAUUGAUUGGAGUUGUAGUGAGGAUGAUAGAUUAUUAAAAAUUGCAAGAGAGUAUAUCCCUUUAAAACGUAAGCUUCCCGGUGUUCGUGAUGAAAUGGAAGACAAAAGGGCAGGUGUUGGUGGUUCCAGUACACAACAAAAAGGUGGCACUUAUUUACACAAUUAUUCUGGGGGUGGUGCAUAUAUUAUUAGUCGUAAAAUGUUAAAGGAGAAAUAUGUUGUAAAUUGGAUGUCAAAAAUACAUGAAAUAAAUCCUACAUUAUUUUGUGAUUUAGUUUAUAAUCAAUUAGAAUCACUUCAAAAAGAUCAAAAUGAAAAAGGAAAUCUACAAGAAUCAAUGGAAAAUGAAUUUCAUCAUUAUGAUAUUGUUUUAAAAAAUAUAAUUAAACUUUGGAAUAAUGGUUUACUUUUUUCAUCUUUAAACAAUCUGAUUUCUCUUUGUGCUUCUAAAAUCCCUUCCAACAGACAGAGUACCACAGACCAAAUCCUUAUUCAUGCGGAAAAUAACAAUCUUGAUAUUACCGAUCCAAUCGCAACUUUAUCACAACUUUUCAAAGAAGGAGGCGCUGUUGAGCUUUCACGUGCAGUACAAUGGAUGGAAUUGAUGUUUUUUUUUUUGAUUAUUAGUGUUGGGCUUCCUGGUUCAGUAUUCUCUGAUUUUCUACCACUUUUAGCAAAAAUUGAGCCAUCACUUGAACUGUAUACUUCUUAUUUACAUGUCAUAUGGUAUCAAGUAAUGAAUGGACUUGGUCACCUUAUGACAAGAGGAGUCAUUCUUAAAAUAAUAUCUGAUGUAAAUGAGGCGACUUUAGAUAUGAUAAAGAAAAUCAAUGAAGAAGGUCAAAGUGCUGAUAUGUUAAUCGCUAGAAAAUUUAUCAAAAUUACUUUAGCGUUAUCAUUACAUUCAUAUAGUUGUCCUCUAGAUUAUAUUUACAAUUUAGGAAUAGUAGAAGAACCCAAUGAAAGACCAAACGGACAAAUGUUACCUAAAAGAAUUUCACAUUUGCAAGAUCCGACUCCUGGUUCGAAUGUUACAUCUGAUACAUCCUUAAUUAAAUGCUUAUUAAUUUAUGCAAGAUUAGAAAAAUUGGAAAUACGUAGCGAUGUAGUAAAAUCAUUUUGGAGAUUUUUCACUGCUGCAAGUCUUAUUUUCAAUAAGAUAGAAUUUAUUAAUAGUUGUAUACCAAAUGUAUGGGAGGAACUUUCGCCUUUAUACGAUGCAUCUUCAGAAAUUACAAUGUUACUUUUAAUGAGGAUUAUUUGGACUGAUUCUCGAUUUUUCCUAGCUUCUGUUAGUAAAGUUUUUGAGCACGAAAGUUGGGAAGUGAGGUUUGACGGGUUGGACAAUUUAUAUGGACUCUUUUCUAAAUUGGAUGAAAAAUUUGAAUUGCAAAGAACAGGCGUCUUUGCUUACCUUGGGCCGGUUUUUAGUUAUAUGAUUAGUUUAUUGUGGGAUCCUGAGGAAUAUGUCAGAACGAAGACAAUAUCAUAUAUCAGGACAAUGCAACCCAAAAGAAUCAAAAUGGCUUUUAAAUGUUGGGAAGGAUAUUUCAAGGUUGCAUCACAACGUGAAAAAACCGUAUUGGCCAGAUUAAUGUUAAAAUUAAACGCAAAAUUUCCUAAUUGGCAAGUAAUUGAAUGGGAUGUAUUAUUGGAUGCGUUGUCUCAUGAAAGUGAUGAAUCAGAAGCAGUGUCUACUGUUGAUAUAUUGGAAAGUUAUAUGAGACCAAAUAGUAUUCUUAUUAUAGGCUUGAAACAUUAUCACGAAGAUUCUGAUACAACUCCUGGUCAAAGGGUAGCAGAAGAGAAGAAUUUAAAGGUUAUAUUAUUGUCACUUGCUCUACAAAUGCUGGCUAAUGGAAUUGAAAUGAAUUUGGAACAAAUUAUCAAACUCAAAUAUUUUGUUGCGCACAACUUGGGGUUUACUGAUAGUAGGAUAGAUAACUCCAAUGGAGUGAUGAGUUUUCAUUUUGGUGAGUUUCGUUAUGUUCCUGAUGAUUUUACCCAAAACAUGAUGAUGGUAUCCAUUUUAGGAAAUCUCAAAAGAGUACUUGAUACGCCUAUAUAUCUUAAUAACGAUAAAGAAGAGUUAGAAGAUGGCAAAGCAUCAUCUGAAAAUGAAAUGUUGGCAGGUGGUUACUUUAUAGAGAUUGUGUUAGCUAUGUUUAAUUCUUCUGCAGAUAUGACAAGUUUAAGUCAUCUCAUGUUAAAAACUUGGAUUGAAUUGUUGCUUAUAAUAGUUUACAAGCACAAAAUUGAAAAUAAGUAUAAUCGUGAGCUAGAAGAAAGUUUAGUGAGCGCAAUGAAAAAAUUGUCUGAAUUAUUGUCUAAAGAUAUUACAGAUGAAAAUAAACAACUUAUAGUUGAACUUUCAUCAUCACUGUUAAAACGUGCGCCCAUGUUAACAGUUAAUAUACUUGGUAAACAAAUAAUUACAUUGGCAAAGCUCUUGACAAGUUUAAAGGCUGACUCAUCAAAUGCUUUGGUUGUUAGUGCAGUUAAUUUUUUGAAAAGCACGUUUCUUAAAUUUGCAAGGAACGUUGGAGAUGAAAAUAACACCGAACUUAAUAUGUUUAAACUACUUGGUGAUGUUAUUCGCGAUGAACAAAUCCCAGUUGAGGAUGAAUGUUUUGGUCCAAGAUAUCUCCGUGAUGAACCGAUACGAGAUGUUAUUAACCAAUUGUUUAAGUUCACUAAUAGAAGGAUAGUCUCAACAAUUCUGUCAAACCUAAAUAAAUAUGUAGAAUUGGUUUAUUCAAAACCAUACAGUGAACAAUUAAUAAACGAUUUGAGUCAAUUUUUGACAAAGUUGACAAGACAUACUAGUGAGUGGAAACUUGCUGAUUGGGAUGUUAACCCUGUAUUGAACAUGAUUGCAGUAAUAAUGAGAGAUAAUCCUGUUUACUCCAAGAAUUUAGUCACGCCAAUAAAAGGUUUUUUAAGACAUUCUAUUAACAAAGGCUCUGUUAGGAUAGAUACAUUUUUAAAGUUGUUAGCAGCUUAUACAGCAGUCAGUGAAACAAUUUCUCCAGAUGAUAAAAUUAAUGUUUUUGGUGAAGUAAUUCUUGAAGAAGUUAAAUCAACCUUUAGAGGUUCUAGAUCAAGAAUGAGUCGAGAUACCCUAAUAAUUUUGUCGCAGCUUAUAUUAUGGGAUAUGCAACCUUCAUCGCAUUCCUGGUUUAAAAGUAUUGAACUAAAGAUGGGCGUCGGGUUAAAUGACAAUACUACUAGUAAUAACGACGGAGGUUUAUCAUCUGCCAAUGUAUCAAAUCAACGACUUCCAUACUUUUCAAAUGUUGUAGAUAAUUUAUUUGAUGAUUGUAUACAAUUUUUGGAAAAUCCUCAUGUGACUAAACAAUAUUCCAAAAAAGAAUUUAAAGUAGGCGUGUGCGCUAGUCAGUUAGCAGUGGCAAUGUGUGGUUUAAAAUAUGAUUUGUUGACUAAAAUAUUUUUAUCGCAAAAGCCAACGGAUCCACGACGGACUAUUCGUCUUUUAAAUUGGAUUUUAUUGGGAAUAAUUAAAUCUGAUCCUUCACCUGGGCUAAUUACAAUUAUUACGACUGUAUUUGAUUUUCAAGAUACCCUCACUGAUUUAUUAUCACAUUUUAUGAGUCAACCAUUUAACGAAAUUAUAGUACCGGAUAUGAAUUAUCUGUAUACACCAUCUGGAGAGUCAGUUUACCAGGCAUUUGUGUUUAUAAAAAUAUGGACGGUAUUAUGUGCUCAAACAUCCUCAUCAAACGACAAAACAAAUGCUGCCGAAGUAACUAAAGUGCAUCUAAGACUUGCAACUUCUUUAACUAUGGCUGAAAGAAGAUUUUGGAACAUUAUUUGGCCUUCUAUGAACACGCAGUUGGUGUCGCGUAUUGUUGAUAAAGAACCGAAUGGAAUAGUAUAUUGGGAAAUGUUUAUGGAUUUAAUAACAUUUCUUCAUUUGUCUGGAUCUGAUAUUGUCAUGUUAUACUCACAUGAAUGGGCUACAUUAUUAGAUAGUCUGAUAAUUGAGGAUGGAAGCAAAAAUCCCGAGUUUCAUCACAAAAUAAAACAAGCACGUUCUAUGUUUGAUAAACCACCAUUAAUGAUGCAGGAAAACGAUUUAACAACACAAUUGUUUAUUGAAAUGAGAGAGGCGAUGAGAUUAUAUUGUGAAAUCAACAAUAAUUCUAGUGGAAGAUUAUUUGGUGCAUAUUAA